CAAAAAGCUCACGAGACCCCGAAAAGUUGGUAUGAGUGUAUAAUAUUAUAUAAUAUAUAUUAUAUUAUAUUAUAUUAUAAUAUUAUAUAUAUAAUAAUGGUGUCUUUGGACGACUAUGAGUUUUUAGAGAGCUUUAAAAGAAAACGCAUCCGGCUCACUACCAAAGGCAGCACAUUUGUGGGCGUUGUGCAGCGCAUUAACUUGAACAAAACCAUCAUUUUAGAGGACGUGGUUGAGAUUGAGAGCGGCAGCCGCUUUCUCGGAGCUAAACUCUUCUUCGGGCAAGAAAUCCUGAAUGUUGAGUUUAUUUCCUCAUGUAACAGAGAGCUCCAGGGUGAUGAGGCUCAUGACAAGGUGGGCCAGCUGAGCCUGGCUGAGUUUCAGCCCUACAGGAACACACUGAUGGGAGAUGGAGAGGAUGAGGAUGAUGAGGAAGAGCAGUUUGUGAACUACAUGGUUGUAGAUGAGUUCCAUGAGAAGUUUGGUCCUGCAGUGAUGCACAUCCGGAAGCAGCAGGCGAUCGGGCUUGGACUGGAUGGAGUUGGUGCUUUUCAGAACGAGAGGCUCUGCUGGCUGCAGGUGGCUACCAAAAACAAGGUGUACCUCUUUGACAUCUUGUUGCUCGGAGCUCGAGCUUUUAGAAACGGUUUAUCCACCAUUCUGGAGAGCAAGAACAUCCUGAAGGUCAUGCACGACUGCCGGAGGAUCUCCGGGUGUCUGAUGGCGCAGUUUGGCGUGAACCUGGUGAACGUGUUUGACACACAGGUCGCAGAUGUGAUGCACUUCUACACAGAGACGGGGGGCUUCCUGCCCACGCGGGUGAGCUCGCUCCGAGAGGUCAUCAACGUUCACUUAAAAAUGCCGUUAUCCCGGCUGUCCUCUCUGAGCAUCAAAGAUCAGCUCUGUAGGGAAGGCAAAGAAGUCUGGUACGUCCGUCCUUGUCCUGCUCCGCUCCUAAAAGUCAUGGCUUUGUCUGUGAUCCACCUGCAGCCACUUCGUCUGACGCUUUUGGACGCCCUGAUGUCUGACUACACCAGCCUGGUGGACUCCUAUCUAAAGACCGGCCAGGAAAAUCCUGUACGCACAGAGGACAUCGGCAAGACUGGCCUGGAACUCCCUCAGGAGCUGCGUGAGAUUGAGCAGAUCAACCAUGAGAGACAGAAAUGGGCUUUGGACCGCUAUAACAUCACCGAGGAUGGACUUCUGGACCGUUACAACGUCAAGCCCACUUCAGAGCCAGACUCAGAGAUUCAGGAACAGCCUGAGAUGCUGGAAACCAGCCCGGAUGCUGGAAAAAAGUGUCCCUGUCCUGCUGAAAGCUCAGCACUAGGAGGAGGAAGCGUGCCAGAUAAAGAGACCACUGCUAUGCCAGGUUUAGGGAGGGGACUUGUACUUCAUGCCCCAGUAGUACCCUUCAGAGAAAGUGCACUACUCCAGAAGAGCACUGCAGAGACAGGACCCGUCUCCAUCAUGGGGGGUGUAGCUCAAAAUGGCGCCAGUUCAGUGCCAGUCAUGGGGAGAGGACUCUUUAACAGAUCGCUGUAGCCCCAAAUCACCCAGGGAAGAAAUUAAAAAGAAAAUCUAUAUGCACUAAAUGUGUAUGUGUCUUUGUGCACGUGUAAAUCUCUAGUGGCGUUUCCUCAGUCGCUUUGUAAAGUUCUUCAGUGCCUCAACCUGUUUACGCAGAUAAGGGGCAUGGCCUAAAUUUGAAGCCAUAUCUAUACACUCACUGUCCACUUUAUUAGGAACACCUGCACGUUCAUGCAGUUACUGAAUCAGCCAGUUAUGUGGCAGCAUCUGGCACUGGCAACUGUGCCAUGGUUAAAGUCACAGAGAUCACACUUUUUUUCUCCAUUCUGAUGAUUGAUGUGAACAUUACCUGAAGCUCUGGACCUCUUUCUGCAUGAUUUUUUGCAUUGCACUGCUGCCACAUGAUUGGCUGAUUGGAUAACUGCAUAAAUGAGCAUGUGUACAGGUGUUUCUAUUAAAGUGGAUGGUGAGUGUAUGUUAGAAUUGAUUUGGAGCUAUUUUAGUAAUCUGUGUAUGUGCAAAAAUAUGAUUUGUGUGAUGAUUUACACAUGCAGGUUGCAUCAUGCUAAACUGGUGGCCCAAAGUUUCCAUUAAUUCUUAGCUACAUUAGCGUUAAACGUUAGAGUUAAAAAAAAACUAUAGAAGCCAUAGAGAAAUUACAUUUUGCUUGUAUGGGUAUUUAAUUUAUGGUCAAACGUCUUGUUUAAGCAUGUUACUUUUGACUAUAAUUAAAAAUAAGGGCAGAAAUAAUUUAGUUUUGUUUAAUUUUGUGAAUCUGCCUUGUUACCUAAGCUUUUUAUUUUAGCAUAAGAACAUUUAAAGUUGGGGUUUGAACUUUCAAGCUGAAUUUUUUGUUAUUUGUGACUGAGCUGCAGUACUGUAGUUGUGUUCGUAGGGGGCAGUGUUGCUUACAGAAUAAAAAAAAACCUGCUGCGUUUAAUCUGUUUAGUUAACAAGUGGCUGAUUAAUAAUUAGUGUUAAAUGUUCCUAUAGCUCUCUGAGUGCAUUAAUAAUGCAGCGGGAAUGUUGUAAUGUCCCUGUUUUCAUUACUGUACCUCAUUACAAUAAAUGUUCAGUGUCGUGUUUAAUCAUGUGCCGUUCAGUCAACGUGGACAGGCCCAGCGGUCUGCAACUGUUAAACCUCACACUGACUGAUGUUCCUCCUUUCACUAACACAGUGUGCGGCUGAAAAAGUCACUCCAUAAUGAAGUGAUCCCUGAGGCGUGGCCCUGUCAGUGCGUACUGUCAUUUUCACCCUUUACACAAGUGUGUAUGAAAGAGUUUAAUGAAGAGGCACUACAGCACUUUAAUUAAAAAGACCUGAACUAAAGGCAUCCAUCCUUCACAAAUAU